CUAAAAAAAUCGUUGCAGUCUCUCUUUUAAAACAGAGAGAAAGAGUGAGAGUCUUGCUAAGAUUGUCACUGCAACUGUGAGUUUCUAUGUUGUAUGGUUGAGAAAAGUGGUUGGUCUUACAUCAUAGUUAGGUUUUUAGUUUGCUAAUCAAUUGCUUCCCAAAUGACCCAGUGUUUUUUCUCAUAUUUGCUAAGCUUUUUUAGCCUUUAUAAUAGUUGAUUUGAUUGUCUAAGCCUCAUCGUUAAUUAUUUUGUUAGACUUUUUCAUUGAUUAUCUUCUUGUUUUGCUUUGUGUGUAAAUUAUGUUGUUUAGCUUUAUUUCAAGUCCUAAAUCAUAACGACUUUGUUAAUUAGUUCCCUAAACUUGAGGUGGAAAUUUGUUUAAGAAUGCUACUCAGUCAAAAUAUAUUAAAAAUCCUCGUUGCAAGAUAUCCGCAAUAAGAUUUAAAAACAAGAUACUAAUUACCAUGAAAUCAAACAAAAUACUCAAAAACGAAAAUAGCAUGAGUUGUGUUUGGUUAGUUCAUGUUUUCUCAUACAAAACAAGAUCUUGAAAUUAAAAAAAAAAAAAAAAAAAAGAGAGAGGGUAAAUCACAAAGAAAACAGAAGAGAUGAAUCUUUGUCUUAACAAUCAAAACCACAAGAUUUGGUGGAGAGAUUGUUGAAGCAAUGAAAGUAAAUGUGGAGAUAAUAACGGGUACAUUUAUAGAUGCCGAGGUGAAUGAGAGUGCUACGGUGCAGGAACUAAAGGAGAAGAUUGCAACGGAGGUGAAACUAUCGGUGAAGCGUUUGAUACUUGUGGUCGAGGAUGAAGAGGAGAGUAGAAGAUUGGUUAAGGAUGAUGAAGAUGAAAUGAAGCUGAUAGAUUUAGGAGUGAAAGAAGAUUCUCAUAUGUAUUUGUUCUUUAAGCAUCCUGAUUUGGUUUCCAAGGAAGAGAGAUCACAAGGAAGAGGAGAUGAUGCAUCUACGGAGGAGAUUUCAUCGGAAGCAGAGAGUAAAAGAGGAAACAAAGAAGAAUACGAAGAGGCAAAGGGUGAAGCGGAAGAUAUAGCUAUGACGAAUGGUGAAGAAGAAGAGAAGAAUGGAGAAGAAACAAAGGAUGAUGAUAAUGUUGAAGAUGGAAAAAAGAAAGCAAGAGAAGGAGAGAAUGAAAUGGAUAUAGUUUCUUGAUUUGGUUGGUUUAGCCAUUCCAUUCCAUUUUAGUUUACUUUUCUUUUGUGAUUGUCUUGUCAUAAUGUUUCUUGUUCUACAAGUAAACAGCUUAAUGAAAAUUUAUGAUCUGUUUAG